AUGUUGCGCUGGUACCAAGCCAAAUUGGCUGCAAGGCCCAUUUUGACCACAAGCAUCAGCAGUGCGGUAUUGUUCGGCAGCGGAGACAUCCUAGCGCAGCAGGCCGUUGACCGCCGAGGUCUCGAGAAACAUGACUUUGCGCGCACCGGUCGCAUGGCUCUCUACGGUGGAGCUGUAUUCGGCCCUGCUGCCACCCAAUGGUACCGUAUCCUCCAGCGUCACAUAAACCUUAAGAGCAGAGCCGGCACCACCAUUGCCCGUGUUGCAGCGGAUCAAAUGGUGUUUGCUCCGAUCCAGUUAACCUGUUUCCUAUCUUCAAUGUCCAUCAUGGAGGGAUCUGACGUAAUGGAGAAGUUGCGCCAUUCCUGGGUUCCCAGCUAUAAGGCCAACCUGCUGGUCUGGCCAUUUGUGCAGGCUGUGAACUUCACAUUUGUACCCUUAGACAUGCGUGUUCUUGUGGUUAAUGUGGUCAGCUUAGGAUGGAACUGCUUCCUGAGCCUGCUAAACAGCGGUGAAGAGUAG